AUUUACAUGUCAAUUUUAGUUUACCUUGUAAAAAGAAUGUAUGUACUUGACGUGAUAUGUAUUCUUCAUAAAAUAUGUUACAUGUGUGAUUUAUUAUUGUCUCAAGACGACGAAUCACAUGGUUUGAUUUGUACGUUACAUAGAAAAGUACAGUAGUGUCUGUGUAAUGGCUGUUGAUGGUUGUUGUAGUUGACGCUACAAGUUGACAGUUGCCUAUUAUUAGUCAUUUUUAGUUAAUAAUCAAUUGAAUGUGGCCUAAAAUGUAUUAAUAAUAUCAAUUUUAUUAAUUGUUAUUUAAUUUUUUUAUCAUAUUUACGUAACAAUAAGAGAUUUUGCAACAUUUGGCAAACUUAAAUAACCUAUAUCAUACGUAUAUUGUGUACACGUAACAUGUAAUUAAUUUGAACUACAAUCGAAGGAGACAAUAGAAUCUAAAUAAUUUAUUCGAAAUAAAGAAGAAUGAAACGGAAAGCAGUAUAAAAAAUAAUCAUGACAAUUGAUGGUGCUAAUUGAUACUUACACUACUUUUAUUGCCUUUGAAGAUUUUUUUAUAAAUGAUAAUACAUCUGAUUAUUACAAGCUAACCAACACCAAUUAAAUAUAUGAUGAAAAGUAUGAGAUACUCAUGAAUUGCAAUUGUGAAUACCAAUUGAACAAAUACAUUUUGAUUUUUAUCUACCCGGAUGUUGAUGUAGGUCAACCACAACUGGAUUAUUACGUAUAUUUAUGAUUAAAGACGCAAAAAAUAGGUCAAAGUAAUAAUGAAUUAUUCAAUUAUAAAUGUAUGAUUUCGAAGAAAUAAAAAUAGAAAAUUAUACUAAUUAUUUAAGUGUGAUAAAUCAAAGUUGAAAAUAUGACUGUUUCCUACACGGCUGAAGUAGCCACUUGUCGAGGCCUAGGAUGCUUUUUAAAACUAUUAUUAAGAUGGCGAGCUAGUAUUUAUAAAUUAGUCUGGCUAGAUCUUGCUCUUUUUCUCUUUAUAUACUAUACACUUUCGUGUAUCUAUCGUUUUGCUUUGGAUACGGAAAAGAAAAAAACAUUUGAGGCAAUAGUUGCUUAUUGUAAUGAAUACAGUGAUCUUAUACCAUUAUCAUUCGUGCUUGGAUUUUACGUUAGUGUUGUCAUGACACGAUGGUGGAAUCAAUAUAUUUCCAUUCCAUGGCCUGACUCAAUCGCUGUUUUUGUAUCAGCAACUAUUCACGGUAAUGAUGAAAGAGGAAGACUCAUGAGACGUACUAUUGUAAGAUACGUUUGCGUUUGUUUAACUCUUGUAUUAGCCAGUGUAUCGCCACGUGUAAAGAAACGUUUUCCAACGUUAGAUCAUUUCGUAGACGCUGGACUUUUGUUAGAAAACGAGCUCACUAUCUUUCAAAGUCUUAAUGCAAAAUUUCCUAAGCCAAGUAAACACUGGCUACCAAUAGUGUGGGCUUCAAGUAUUGUAACACGAGCUAGAAAAGAAGGCCGAAUUCGUGAUGAUUUUGCAGUCAAGACACUGAUAGAUGAACUUAAUAAAUUUCGCGGCAAUUGCGGAAAUUUAAUACACUAUGACACCAUUUCAGUACCACUUGUUUAUACUCAGGUUGUUACUUUAGCGGUUUAUACAUAUUUUUUAACAAGUGUAAUGGGGAGACAGUAUGUAGCUAGUUCAACAUCAACAUCGACAAUUGAUCUUUAUUUUCCCGUUUUUACAACUCUUCAAUUCUUUUUUUACAUGGGAUGGCUCAAAGUAGCUGAAACUUUGAUAAAUCCAUUUGGAGAAGAUGAUGAUGAUUUUGAAGUUAAUUGGAUUGUAGAUAGAAAUCUACAAGUAGUGUACUUAAUUGUUGAUGAAAUGCAUCAUGAUCAUCCAGAAUUAAUAAGAGAUCAAUAUUGGGAUGAAAUAUUCCCUGUAGAAUUACCAUAUACAGCAGCAGCACAGCCUUUCCGCGAAGAACAUCCUGAACCAUCAACUGCUGGAAUUCAAUUAUCUGCAGCACAACAAGAACUUCAGCCUUCUUCAGUGAGAAUAGAUGAAAUGGCAAAUGUUGGAGAUAUGGGAUAUUCAAGUAAAUUUCAUAAUGAUGUUGCUGAUGAUGCAGUAUCAGGAAUUCAUUUUAUGGCCGGAAAAAUAUCAAGAAGUGCCAGUAGAGUGAGUGCACGUGACAGGAUUUAUGCUGGUAGUGGCUCGACUCCAAGUAAUAUUGGUGGUUCAUUAACGCGGGUUAAUAGUGUAACAAGUAUUUUACGUAGAUUAUUUAGUAAAGAAGAUAGACCAGACGGUAGUGGUACAAAAACUCCCGGUAGGAUACCAAAUUCAAGUUCUGCAGCUUCCUUACAAGCCCGGUAUGGUACAAGUGCUGGUGCAGGAGGUUCUACUAGAAUUGGUGUUAUUGAAGAAGUAGAUGAACAAAUGACUAUUUCAUCAAUGCGUCCACCAGAGCCUCCUCGUCCACAUGUACAAAAUAUUUUCAAUCAACCUGGUCCACCACCAGCAAGUGCUCCUAUGGACGUUCCUAAAAAAAGACGCAAUGGAGAUUUAUUAUCAACUAGUGCACCAGCUGGAGGAAAUGCCGCAAUACGUCCCCUCAGUGGCAUUAGAACACAAAUAUCAUCAACGGACUUAAUGGCGUCAAAUCCUGAUGGUUUUGCGGGCUCUUUCGAAGAUGGUGGUGGCGGACAUAGUGGAAGUGGUGCUAUAGUUGAAGCAACUGCAGAUAAUAUAAGUAUUGGCUCUUCAUCAACUGCAAGUAGUAAAAUUGCUAGCGGUAGUUCUGAUGAUGAAUUUACACGUUUAAAAGCUGAAAGACAUAAACAACGUAGAGAUAAGGCCAUAAGAAAGUUUGCUAGAAGUAUUAGUAAUCGUCAGGGAGGUAGUGGUAGUGAUCGCAUAACUUCUAUGGACUUAGACGGUGAGACUUUAUUACUUACCGAAUUAGCUGAAGCCUCGAGAGCAUCUAUAGUACCGAGUUCAUCACAUCGUGAUUAUAGAAAUGAUGCUGACAAUAUUUAGGUGAUUCCUUGUUGACAUUUUUAGAUAAUUUUUAACAUUUCUAAUAAUAAUAUUGUUAAUAAAAAACACCACUUAAUAGGAAAAUAACGUAAAUUAUAGUACAUUUAAAAUCAUUUUAAACUACUUAUUAUUAUUUAUGAUUUUUAAUCAAGUAAUUAAUAUAAUUUAUCUUUAAUAAUAUAAACACAAGUGAAUUUUAGAUAGAAAAAUCAAUUCGUAAAUUAAAGCUUUAAUUUUUUUAACACUUAAGUAAAAAUUUUUGCUCAUUUAGGAAGA